AUGACCAACCAGUGCAAGGCAAAAAUGACUGAAAUUGUCCCGCAAACACAGUUGAAAGCGGUAAAAGAAACACAGCGGGUGCGGCAACUUGCGUGGAACACCUUGAGGAGGGAGAGGCCAACCCUUUACUUUGAGGACGAGCAACUGGAUGAGGUUGUCUCCUUCUUGUUUGCCGUCAUCAGGGAGACCCCAAGAGCAAGACAGCAGAACGACUGGAUUGACGUCAUCAUGAAUGUGCUCGUACCGUGA